AUGGCUGCAAUGAUGACAUCGUCCUCUUCGUCAUCCGUGAUGACGAUGGGAGGAAGUAUCUCGUCCCGACGAGGAUUUACCUCCUCCUCUUCCUCCUCUUCCUCCUCGAGAACAACAACAACAACAACAACAACAUUACAAAGACGACGACGACACCAACAACAAAUUAUUCACGCCGCUGCGUCCAGCGAAUCCAUAGAGAAAGCCAAAGAAUCUGGGUUAGUUUUAGCCGAAUUCGAGAAAGAAGAAGUGAUUAAAGUGAGAGAACAGUUGAGAGCGAAUCACUCGGAGGAAAUCUCUGGAGUCGAGAACGAUAUCGUGGACUGGUUCGUUCGAGACCGAAAGUUGGACGGCGAAGCGGCGCUGAAAAAAAUAGUGAAAUACCAAACCUGGAGAGAGGAGAACUUCUCCAAGGAAAGUUUAAACGCACCGUCGGUGAUUGAGGAAGGGAAAACGGGGAAAGCGGUGUUGAUGAAAGAGAGAGACGUUUUGGGGAGACCGGUGGUGUUGGUGACGUUGAUAAAGCACGAAGUCGCGACGAGAGUGUUGGAAGAUACGCAGAAAUUGUGCGUAAAACUGUUGGACGAAGGGUUGGAGGAGCUGAAAAACGAAGGUUUCGAGCAAGAAACGGUGAUGUGCGUGUACGAUUUGAGAGGAUUUUCCAUGAAGAACGCCGACAUCGACUUUACAAAGUUUUUCAUCUCGUGCAUAUUCGAUUACUAUCCGAAACGUAUUUCGCAAGUGUUGUUGGUGGAAGCGCCGUUCGUGUUUAAACCGGUUUGGGGGAUCAUUAAGCCUUUGAUGGGUAAAUAUUCCUCUCUCGUGAAGUUCGUGAAAGCGAAGGAGGCGAACGAGUUCUUCGAAUCCGAACCGUUUUAA